GGGCGGGGAGGGCGCGCGCCGAGGCGGCUGCGGCAGUUGCGCGCUAGGAUUGCUGCCGUGCGGUGGGCCGAAUUCAUCAUACAAAUAAAAUGACAACCUCCUGGAGUGAUCGCUUACAGAAUGCAGCAGAUGUGCCUGCUAACAUGGAUAAGCAUGCCUUGAAAAAGUAUCGGCGAGAAGCUUAUCACCGGGUGUUUGUGAACCGAAGUUUAGCCAUGGAAAAAAUAAAGUGCUUUGGUUUUGAUAUGGAUUAUACCCUUGCUGGAAAGCCAGUGUAACUCCUUCAAGACUGGGUGGCACACACUGCGUGCAUCUGCCUCAUUGUACAAGUCUCCGGAAUAUGAAUCCCUUGGCUUUGAGCUUACUGUGGAGAGAUUAGUUUCCAUUGGCUAUCCUCAGGAACUGCUCAGCUUUGCAUAUGACUCUACAUUCCCUACCAGAGGACUUGUCUUUGACACACUCUAUGGAAAUCUUCUGAAAGUCGAUGCCUAUGGGAACCUCUUGGUUUGUGCACACGGAUUUAACUUCAUAAGAGGACCAGAAACUAGAGAGCAGUAUCCAAAUAAAUUUAUCCAACGAGAUGACACUGAACGGUUUUACAUUCUGAACACACUAUUCAAUCUUCCAGAGACCUACCUGUUGGCCUGCCUAGUAGAUUUUUUUACUAAUUGUCCCAGAUAUACCAGUGAAUUUAGUGCUAGUGAGAGAUGCCACAUUGCCAGCCUGAGAGAUGGACAGCACCAGCAGCUCCAUGCAGGCUCUCACCUCCCACACGGCCCCUCUCCUUGCCAGUGUGCUGCAGCCAUGUUUGGAAGGGACCACUUGUGACUGGGAUUGAAGACGGCAGCAGAGGUGCUAAUUGUGACAACUGAGUGGGAGUUGUGACACAGGAUUUAAAGAUGGGGAUCUCUUCAUGUCCUACCGGAGUAUGUUCCAGGACGUCAGAGACGCAGUAGACUGGGUCCAUUACAAGGGCUCUCUUAAGGAAAAGACAGUUGAAAAUCUUGAGAAGUAUGUAGUCAAAGAUGGCAAGCUGCCGUUGCUUCUGAGCCGAAUGAAGGAAGUAGGGAAAGUGUUUCUUGCCACUAACAGUGACUAUAAAUACACAGAUAAAAUCAUGACUUACCUGUUUGAUUUCCCACAUGGCCCCAAGCCUGGGAGCUCCCAUCGGCCAUGGCAGUCCUACUUUGAUCUGAUUUUGGUGGAUGCCCGGAAACCACUCUUUUUUGGAGAAGGCACAGUACUGCGUCAGGUGGACACUAAAACUGGAAAACUGAAAAUCGGCACCUACACAGGCCCCCUGCAGCACGGCAUUGUCUACUCGGGAGGUUCAUCUGAUACAAUCUGUGACCUGUUAGGAGCUAAGGGCAAAGACAUUUUGUAUAUUGGAGAUCACAUUUUUGGAGACAUUCUGAAGUCAAAGAAACGGCAAGGGUGGAGAACUUUCUUGGUGAUUCCUGAGCUUGCACAGGAGCUCCACGUCUGGACUGACAAGAGUUCACUUUUUGAAGAACUUCAAAGCUUGGAUAUUUUCUUGGCCGAACUCUACAAGCACCUGGACAGCAGCAGCAAUGAGCGCCCAGACAUCAGUUCCAUCCAGAGACGGAUUAAGAAAGUAACUCAUGACAUGGACAUGUGCUAUGGGAUGAUGGGAAGCCUGUUUCGUAGUGGUUCCCGGCAGACACUCUUUGCCAGCCAGGUGAUGCGCUAUGCUGAUCUGUAUGCGGCCUCGUUCAUCAACCUGCUGUACUACCCAUUCAGCUACCUCUUCAGAGCUGCCCAUGUCCUGAUGCCGCAUGAGUCAACGGUGGAGCAUACACACGUGGACAUCAACGAGAUGGAGUCUCCUCUCGCCACCCGCAACCGCACGUCAGUGGAUUUCAAAGACACUGACUAUAAGCGACACCAGCUUACAAGAUCCAUUAGUGAGAUCAAGCCCCCCAACCUCUUUCCACUGGCUCCUCAGGAGAUUACACACUGCCAUGAUGAAGAUGAUGAUGAAGAGGAGGAAGAGGAAGAAUAAGAAGGCAGACUAAAAACCCCGAGUACCCAUCAAGUCUGACGGACUCAUGGGUCAAGGGGUGGCCUUGUUUGGAUUCUGUUAGGGACGGUGGGAGGACUCCAUCAGAAGUCCUGGAAAGUUUGGAAAGUUUCUGAAGGCUUUAAAUAAUUCUAAUCAUAGCUA